AUGUUACCACAGAAAAGACUAGCGUAUAUUCGGAAAUGUAUAGCAACACACGGUGAGACAUCGAAUAACAGUCAAUAUAAUUUGAACCCAUCUGAAAAUCUUGAUACUAGCUUGGAUGAACAAGGCCCUGGCUACAUUGAAUGCUUAGAAAAUGUUGAUAUAGCAUGUGAAUCAGUUCCAAAUGCUAACGUACAAACCAAUUUGUUUCAUAAAGAUAUAAAUGCAUCAGAUCAUAGAAUUGAGACAGCCAGUGCUAUUGACAAUGUUAGUUAUUGUUUCGAAAAUGAUGCUAAUAAUACUGAUAUUAAUGACAUAAUAUCUAACACUGAAGAUCUAAGUAAAGCCGAUAAAAGUUAUGAGUCCGAUUUCGAUUCAGAUGACAGCGUUAAAGAUCCGAACUAUAGACAUAGACCACCGUCAAGAUCAUCAACGGAUUCAUCUUCCAGCUCCAGUAGUUCAUCAUCGUCAGCUUCAAGUGCACGUUCACAUUCCUCCCACAGCGAAAAUAUUCCACCCGCAUUACACUCCUCUAACAGCGAAAUCAUUCCACCUACAUUACACUUCUCUGGCAACGAAAACAUUCCACUUGCAAACUCUCAGCUUGAAAACUUAGAUUCUAACAAAAAACUCACACGAAAACGACAACGAAAUGUUAGCAGCUGGAAGUCAGAAGUCGCGAAACGUUUAAGAAACACAGGUCACAGCUACACAUCAAAAAAACUAAAGAAAGUCAUUCCAGCCAGAAAAGUAGGGCCACCAUGUGGUGAGAAGUGUCGCCUAAAAUGUUCUGCUAAUGUAUCAGAAGAAGAAAGAAAAAAUAUAUUUGAUGAAUAUUACAAUUUGGGCAACAUCACGAUGCAGAGACAAUACAUCAUUAACAGCACUACUAUGAUUAAUCCGAAAUAUAAAUACACGAAUGCGGCAAAUCCUAGGCAAAACAACAAUGCAUUUUAUUUUUCUGUUCAAAAUAGUAAAGUACGUGUUUGUAAAACAUUUUUUAAAUCCACACUUGCCUUAAAUGACCGCGUGAUAAGGACCGCGUUUGAAAAGCGAAUACCCUCUUUGAAUAAUGUUGUAGCUGUAGAUGGCAGAGGGAAGCAUGCAAAUCAUGCAAAAAUACCGGAUAUUAUUAAAUUCGAAAUAAGAGAGCACAUACAAUCUAUUCCGACUAUGGAUAGUCAUUACUGUCGCAGUAAUACUAAUAAGCUUUAUAUUGAUGGCAGUAAAACAUUGACUGAUCUACACAAAGAUUACGUUAAGUUAUGUCAGACUGAACAUAAGCCUUAUGGUAAUUAUGUUAUGUAUAGCCAUAUAUUCAAUAAUGAGUUUAAUAUAGCCUUUUAUUCACCUAAAAAAGACAGAUGUGACACUUGUGAGGCAUUCAUGAAUGCUACCGGUGAUGAAAAACAACGACUUCGAGUUGAGUAUGAUACACAUUUAAUAGAAAAAGAUCUAUCGAGAGCCGAGAAGGAGCAAGACAAAUUGAAAGGCAGCAGUGUGGUAGUUGCUGUCUAUGACUUACAAGCAACAAUGCCUUGUCCAAGAGGGGAUGUAAGUAACUUUUAUUACAUCUCCAAAUUAAAUGUCUUAAAUUUUACAAUAACUGAUUUGAAGACAAGAGAUGUUUAUUGUAAUGUAUGGCAUGAAGGGCAUGGCAAUCGUGGUGUGAAUGAGAUUGCAAGUUGCGUGUGGAAUUAUCUUAACCAAAUAGACACUAAGGCUGAGCGAUCCAUUGAUGUAAUAUUCUACAGUGACAAUUGCUGCGGGCAGCAGAAAAACCGUUAUAUGAUUUCAAUGUACAUCUUAGCAAUAUGUAAAUUUCGAAAUAUUAGUUCCAUUACCCACAAAUUCCUAAUUAAGGGGCAUACCCAAAAUGAGGGUGACAAUUGCCAUUCUCUGGUUGAAAGAAAAAUUAAAAAGUCCCUUCGUUCAAGUGCGAUAUAUUCACCUGCUCAGUAUUUUACUUUAAUUAGAACUGCCAAAUCUAACGGAAAGCCAUUUGCAGUUAAUGAAUUGACUUACGAUAGCUUUUACGAUUUUAAAGAAGUAUCACCAAAGAUUGGAAAAAACUUUUCCAAAAAUAUUCAAAAUGAAACCGUAAAAAUGAAUGAUAUUAGGGUAAUUUAUGUGUCUAAAUCAGAUCCUGGAUUUUUUUUUUAUAAAACUUCUUACUCUGAUACCGCCUAUAAGCAAAUAAAAGUAUCAGGGUCCACUCGAAGCACUCAACAUGACUUGAUGACACUUAAUUUACCUGCAGCCUAUUCAGAGAGGAUUAAAAUUUCAAGUAAAAAGAAACAGGGGCUGAUGAAAUUAGUUGAAAAAAACAUAAUUCCUAAAUACUAUGAAGAUUUUUAUCAAAACUUAUAA